ACCAAGAUAGAAUGUUAUGAGGAAACCUUACAAUAUCGACGAUAGUUUUGUAGAUAACUUCGGGAGAAUACAUUUAGACGAUAAACCGCUCCCUAGAACCCCUCCAGCGCCUCCUUUACCACCACGUCCUAGCAAAAGUGUAUACACUAGCAGUAAACCUAAUUCAGCAUUCGAUAAGCCUCAGAUAAGCUUUCCGACGCCUUAUUAUCGUGGAGAGCCAAUUAAAGCGCCAGAACAACAGAUAUCAACUCCUAAGGCAAAAGCUAGACAUUCAGAGGGUUCAUUGGUUAUACAAUCUACAAAGACGCCACCUCAUUCACCGGCAAAGCCCAACGGUUUUCCUACUAGUCCAUCAGAGAAACCUCACAGCGAGCAAUGCCACGGUAUAACUAAGCAAGCUAAACGCUGCACACGACGCGUCAAAAGCAUGAAUAGUGAGACAUUACCGCGGUUUUGUCAUCAGCAUUCGAAAGAUAUCCUAGCCCAGAAGGGAUAUUACAACACGCGAGGAGAUUGGAUAGCAUUUGAAGAUUGGAUACCACGACAUUUAUCGUCAUAUACUCAGAUACAGCUACGGGUGUUAAUGGAGAAGCCUAUAUCAGCAACUGAUGCACCUGGUUAUAUCUACGUAUACACUCUUAGUGGUUCUACUACAGUAACACAUGUCGAGUAUAAGAUAGGUCGGACUAACAAUAUAAACAGACGACUAGAUAGCUGGAGCAAGCAAUGUAAUAGAGAACUAGUACUGCGUCAGCAUUUCCCAACUUCAGUAGCUCCUUCUUCGCGCUUGCUGACGACAUUUGCGGUUGAUCCGAAAAUACAAUGCGUAUAUGUGAAUAGAUUGGAGAGGCUGAUUCACCUCGAAUUGAGUGAAUACAACGACAUAGAGCAGCAGAUCUGCAAAGAAUGCGGGUGUAAACACAAGGAAAUAUUCAGAUUGCGAAGAAUGCAGACAAGGCAGGGUACAGAAUUUGAAGGGCUGAUCCGACCAAUGAUAGAAAAAUGGAAUGCAUAUGUAGCUAGAUGCUGUUAA